CGAAGAGCGGUGCGCCGGCUCCGAGUCCGCGGCCCGGUGUCCCUCCAGCGGCUUGGCUGGCGGCGGGCGGCCCGCGGGCCGAGACUCGGGGGGCGGCGUCGGAGGCCCGCGCCGGGCGGGGCCGCCGCGACCAGGUGAUCCAAUGCAAGAAGAAAAUGAAAGGCAUUAAGAAAAAUCUUACAGAAGAAUAUCUAUACCUGGAUUUUUCUCACCAAAUAGAAGGAUGUAUCUUUCCUCUUCACACAUCUGUAACUUUAUUUUUGUUAUCAUACUGUGACUGCAAAAUCUUUAAGGUUUGCUUAGUCCUCACUGGAGAAAGUGCAGAUACUUCGCUGCUUAAAAAUGUACUGUCCCAGCAUGUUGAAAUCCAGAUUAUCUCCAGGCAAGAGCUUCCGCUGAUAGUCCAGAAUUGCUGUUUACCUGCAGUGGUAGAAAGCCCAGACAGUUUCUGCAGAGCAGGGCUCGCUGUUGUGCUGAGACACAUCGUCCAGAGAGCAUAUGAUGCAGAGCCCUCAAAGAAGGGGAUCUUGGAGCUGCUGGGUUUUAAGAAGACGUGCCUGAAGGCCUGUGCUGAAGUUAGUCAGUGGACCAGGCUAUGUGAACUCACCAUCCCUUUAUCUAUUGAGAAUUUUCUCAAAGAAUCUUGUGACCAGCACCCAGCUAUCCCUACAGAAAUACUACAGCUAGAGAAAAAGCUCAGCGAGCCUGUUAGAGUGCACAACGAUGACAAACUCCGCCGGCAGAAGCUGAAGCAGCAGAAAGCUGCUGGAGCGGGGCCUACGCUUGCCCAGGAGAAAUUGAAGAGCCAGGCCCAUAUGCAGGAAACAUCUGAGGACCAGGAUCCUUCAUCCCAGAGCCUGGAGCUGCAAGUGGCCUUCUCAAAGCUCACGGUGCAGGAGCACCCAGCUGCUCCCAACAGGGAGCCUGCUCACAUAAGACGGGCAGGCGCCUGCGCCCUUCCGCCCCUGGAGCACGUGUUUGCAGAGGGCCUGUACUUCACCUUAGCAGACCUUGUGCUCCUGCCCUGCAUCCAUCACUUUUUGGUAGUUAUCUGCAAGAAGCUUUCUAAAAGGCUGGUAGAAUUUCCACUGCUGGCCGCCUGGUACCAGAGGGUUCAGGAGGUGCCAGGGGUGAAAACAGCAGCUUCCCGCUGUGGGAUCCAGUUUCUCCACUUACCGGAGUUGCCGACCACCUCCAUCGAACAGCAUCCAAAAUUCAGCGAGGCCGCAGGAGCAGAGGAGCACAGCGACCCUUCGUUUAUAGGAGGCCCAAGACCCACUAUGACCAAGUUAAUGGAAAAGGGCAUCGAAGUGAUGUUUUCUCCCCACCCUUGCCCUGCUUGGACACUUGACUGGAAUAGACUUCCUGCAGCAGUGAGCCCAAAAGAAGGGAAGAUGUCCAGUGACCGAGCGCUGAGGAAGCAGCAGCAGUUGAACAACCUAGUCUACGUGGUGACACAUCAGGCCAGGCCUGGGGACAGGAUCGUGGACUUCUGCAGCGGCGGGGGCCACGUCGGGAUUGUCCUUGCUCACAUGCUGCCGUCAUGCCAGGUUACAUUAAUAGAAAACAAGGAAUUAUCAUUAAUUCGUGCUAAGAAGAGAAGUGACGAACUAGGUUUAAGCAACAUUUGGUUCAUUCAAGCAAAUAUGGAGUAUUUUACGGGGAUGUUUAAUAUUGGGGUAGCAUUGCAUGCUUGCGGAGUGGCAACGGACAUGGUGAUUGAGCACUGCAUCAAAACCCGGGCUUCCUUCGUCACAUGCCCUUGCUGUUACGGUUUCGUCCAGAACACCUCAAAAUUUAGCUUUCCAAAAAGUGAGCAGUUCAAGAAAACUUUGUCAUAUAAGGAACACAUGAUUCUGUGCAGAUUUGCAGAUCAAACAGCUGUCCAGCUUCCACCCCAACGAAGGCUCAUAGGAAAGCAGUGCAUGUGCCUGGUGGACCUGGAUCGAGCGAGAGCUGCAGAGGAGCGUGGCUACUCCGUUCAGGUGAUAUCCAUGGAGCCGGAGAGCUGCUCUCCCAAAAACAACAUGAUUGUGGGGGUCCCCAUUUAGAAGCGGUCGCGUGUGGUGUCCUGCCGCCGACGUGGUGAUGAAAGCCCCGCGGCAUCAGGAGGCUCUUGGCGGAGCGAGGAAACAGCACUCGCCGUCUUGAACCUGUUCGCGCGGGAAGGAAAGCCGCGGGGAGAUCUCGGAAGAGAGGCUGCCUGCACAGCGUCACGGAUGCUCUUAGAGUGCGCGAUGAAAGGGCCGCUGGGUGUGCAGAGUCCCCGGAGUCGCAGCCGCCUGCGGAGUAACGCUCACAGUGGAGCUCCGUCACUGGGGUAACAGCUUCUCUGAUCGGGCCAGUGUGGCGUCCCGUUCAAAACAGUGUGCCUGCAACCUCUGUGAUCAUUAGAUACCCAAAUGGAGACAAAGCUAGACUCAGUGGGGUUGUUUGUUUUUUAUACUUUUAACAAUUGUACUUUUUCUGUAGUUUUUUUAAAAAUCUAGUCAGGUAAUUACAGGAUAGUUAAAUUUUUCAGCUGGGGUGAGAUGGACUUGCAUAUCAUUCCUUACACUCCUUUUAAAUGUAUUUCCCAUGGAUUACCAAAUGAGAUCACUGCUGGUUCAAACAUUUUAUAUUGAAGACAUUAUAAAAUAAUUGAAGUAAAUUUCCCGUUAUGGGAACAUGUAAUUUGGACAUAAAUUCUAACUAAUCAGUAAAUACAUUGAUUAAUUAACCUAAGCAUAUAAAUAAUGAUGGAGGAUCCAUUAUUUUCAAGACCUUGGCGUAGAUUCUUCUAAGGAUACAAAAAUGAAUUGCAAGAGACACAGUGCCUUGCCUGUGGAGGUGAAUCAUCUAGAAGAGAAAGAUUAAUGAAUGAGUUAAGUUCUUUAUAUCAUAAUAGAAGGUGUGGUCACAGAAUUUGUUGUUCAGACAUCAGUCUUUUUUUUUUUAUUUUGGUAAAUCUUACGAGUACCCAUUGGAUGUGGGAGGAGCACAGGAUUUGGAACCUGAUUUGAAUGCUCCUCCCUGCCGACGUUCGCCGGCUCCCACCAGCCAGUGUUUAAAGAUGGAGGGCGUGUCCCUUCUCACAUGCUGCUAAGUGUUUAACUUUUACAUGUCCUAGGCCAUUCCACUUGAGAUAAGAUGUGUUUCAUCGAUUUUGAUGUUUUCAACCCCUAUCUGACACUUGUCAUGAGGAUAAAGGUCUUUAAUAAAUAACUCUUUCAUCACUGUGGAUUAAAUUACAGGAAUAACUUAGGGAGGGUAGGGGGGUUAAGUAAAGAAUGAACCCCCAGCCCUGAGUGUUUUAGUCAUCUGCACCUAUAAACACACCGUGCUCCUCUUUCCUGGUUCUUUUUGGUCUAAUUGAGGUAUGAGUUAUAGACAGUAAAAUAACAGAUUUUAAGUGUUCAGUUUGAGAAGUUUUGCUAACUGUUUACACCCAUGCAACCACCACCAGGAAUAAGAAAUAGAAUAUUUCCAUCAGGCUGUCCCUUUCUGUCCAGUCUCCCCCAUCCCAAAGGCAACCACUCUCUGAUUUCUAUCACCCUACAUUGCUUUGCCUAUUUUUUUCCUUCAUAUAAAUGACAUCAUUUAGUAUGUAGCCUUUGUGUCUGGCAUCUUUUGUUCAACGUAGUAUUUUUUAAGAAAUAUCCACAUUGUUAUGUGUAUCAAUAGUUUCUUCUUAUUCCUAGGAAGUAUUCCAUUAUAUAAAUAGAUCAGAAGGUGUUUAUCCCUUCUCCUGUUGGUAUGUAUUUGGGUUGUUUCCACUUUGAGGAUAUUACAAAUAAGGCCUAUGAAUAUGCUUGUACAAGUCUUUUUGUAGACACGUGUGUUCAUUUCUCUUAGAUAAAUACCUAGUAGUAGAAUUGCUGGGUCAUUGGCUAAAUGAAUGUCAGUUGCCAAACAAUAAAGUGGUUGUACCAUUUAAUAUUCCCACCAGCAACGUGUGAAAGUUCCACUUCUCCACACCCUCGCUAUUUGAUAUUGUCAGUUGAUAUUUUUAUUUUAACCAUUCUGGUGGAUGUGAAAUGGCAUCUCAUUGUGGUUUUAAUUUUUAUUUCUCUGAUGACUAUUGACGUUAAGUAUGAUUUAUAAAGUGUCUUUUCAAGUCUUUUGUGCGUUUUUAAAAUUAGGUCAUUUGGACUUUUUAUUAUUGAUUUAUAAGAGUUCUUUGUAUAUUCUGGAUAUGAGCCCUUUGUCAGAUAUAUAGAGAGAGAAUCUUUUUCACAGUCUGUGGCUUACCUACUCAUUUUCAUAAUGAAUGUCUUAAUUUUCACAAAGGCUAAUUUGUCUUUUCUUUCUUUUAUGGUUAAUAUUUUCUGUGUCCUCUCUAAUAAAGCCUUACCUACCCUAA